UACUAUCAUUCAACUGCCUAUCUUUUUAUUCUCUCACACAGCCAUGGCAACUACACCGUGGUGGAAGAACGCGACGAUCUACCAAAUCUACCCCGCCAGCUUCCAAGACUCCAACGGCGAUGGCAUCGGCGACCUGCCCGGCAUCAUCAGCCAGCUGGACUACAUCCAGUCCCUGGGGGUAGACGCGAUCUGGGUAUGUCCGAUGUACGACAGCCCGCAAUACGACAUGGGCUACGACAUCUCAGACUACGAAGCCGUGUACGCGCCGUAUGGCACGGUGGCGGAUGUGGAAGCGCUGAUCCAGGGCUGCCACGCGCGCGGGAUGCGCAUUCUUCUGGAUCUAGUAAUCAACCAUACCUCUCACGAGCACGCAUGGUUCCAAGAAUCGCGGUCGUCGCUCACGAACCCCAAACGUGACUGGUACAUCUGGCGGCCGCCACGACACGACGCAGCAACGGGCGCACGCCUGCCCCCAAACAAUUGGCGCAGCUUCUUCGGCGGCAGCGCGUGGACCUUCGACGAGCACACGCAAGAAUACUACCUGCACCUCUUCGCCGCGCAGCAACCCGACCUGAACUGGGAGAACGCGGCGACACGCGCGGCGCUCUACGCCUCCGCAAUGGAAUACUGGCUAGCCAAGGGCAUCGACGGCUUCCGGAUCGACACAGUGAACAUGUACAGCAAGCCGGCGGACUUCCCAGACGCGCCGAUCGUCGACCCAUCCAACACCUACCAACCAGCGACAUCGCUCUUCUGCAACGGGCCACGCAUGGCCGAGUUCUUGGGCGAAAUGAACGCCAUCCUGCGCAAGUACAAGCCCGCACACGAAACCCUCACAGUAGGCGAGCUCCCCAGCACGCCACUCCUCUCGGACGUACUAUCCUACGUCUCCGCCUCCGCCAACCAACUGAGCAUGGUCUUCCAAUUCGACAUCGUCGACAGCAACAUGGGCACGGACCUGCGCUUCAACACAGUCCCACACACCUGGACACUGUCUGACUUCCGGGCCCGCGUCCGCGCCACCCAGACCCUAAUGGACGGCACAACAGACGGAUGGAGCACCGCCUUCCUCGAGAACCACGACCAAGCGCGCUGCGUAUCCCGCUGGGGCGACCCCGGCAAAUACCACGCCCAAAGCGCCAAGAUGCUCGCGAUGCUCGUCGCCAGUCUCUCCGGCACGCUGUUUCUGUACCAGGGCCAGGAAAUCGGCAUGCUUAAUGCGCCGGCCUCCUGGGAUGUGCGCGAGUACAAAGACGUCGAUAGCGUGAAUUACCUUGCUUACGUGCGAGAUACCACCGGAAAUAACCCCGUUGCUAUGCGGAAGGCCCGUGCUGCGCUGAAUUAUCUCGCCCGCGAUCAUGCUCGGUUGCCUAUGCAAUGGAACUCGUUGCCUCAUGCGGGCUUUACGGAUCCACAGGCUACGCCGUGGAUGCGUGUGCAUGAUAACUUUCGGGAUGUUAAUGUCAAGAGGCAGGCGAUUGAUGAGGACUCGGUGUUGAGUUUCUGGAAGAGGCUGUUGAGGGUUCGGAAGGCGUUCCCUCGGGUUUUUGCUUGCGGGGUGUUUCGGGAUCUUGAUCCUGAUGAUGAAGAGGUGUUUUUGUUUGAGAAGGUGGGUGACGGGGCGAGGUUGGUGGUUGUGUUGAAUUUUACGGGCGAGGUGCAGAGGGUGCAGUUGGGCAGGGAGCUUGUGGGUGGGAGUAAGAAGAUGUUGGUGGGGAAUUAUGAAGAUGUGGAGAGUGAGGAUGCGGAUGUGUUGCGGCCGUUUGAGGGGAGGAUUUAUUUGGUGGAGGGUUGAUUGGGUUUGCUUUUGAUAUGGGGAUAUCCUGGGUCUUUGGUGGAUGGUUCGGGACUUCGUGGAUUGAGCUAUAUGCUUGCGUGUAGACGGGGUAACACAACUAGACUGGAGCACGGCAUGAAUGCGUCUC